UGUGUCACAGGAGCUUUCCCUCAUAUCGACACCACGCACUGCGGAAGGGACCUGCUUACGUAUCUGCAGUUUAAACGACCUGAAAACUCAGUGACAGCCUGGGAGGAUAUUUUGAAGUUUGAAAUGAUCCCUAUAUAAAUAGAACGGAUCAGCAUAACUUUGGGAUAAAAUUAGCCGGCAGUUUGUGGACUCUCCAGCUUUGCCUGUGUGCUGGGUGCUGCUCUCCUGAUAAAUCACUGCUCGGCUUCCUCAUGGCACAGAGGAUGGACAGCAUCAUUGCCCCUAUCAGCAAACCUGGACCUACCAAGUUAGUUAAGAAAAAUUUUCUGGAGGCUUUAAAGUCAAAUGACUUCGAAAAACUGGAGGCUAUUUUAACCCAGAGGCAAAUAGAUGUGGACACAGUAUUUGAAGUUGAAGAUGAGAACAUGAUUUUGGCAUCCUACAAACAAGGCUAUUGGCUGCCCAGUUAUAAGCUGAAGUCUUCCUGGGCAACCGGCCUCCACCUCUCGGUCUUGUUUGGCCACGUGGAGUGUCUGACGGUACUGCUGGACCACAAUGCCACCAUCAACUGCCGGCCCAACGGGAAGACCCCUCUGCAUGUGGCCUGUGAAAUGGCCAACCUGGAAUGUGUGAAAGUCCUCUGUGACCGUGGAGCCAAGCUCAACUGUUACUCCCUGAGUGGGCACACCGCUUUGCAUUUCUGCACCACGCCAAGCUCCAUCCUGUGCGCCAAGCAGUUGGUGAUGCGCGGUGCAAAUGUGAACAUGAAAACCAACAACCAGGAUGAGGAGACGCCCCUGCAUACGGCUGCCCACUUCGGUCUCUCUGAGCUGGCUGCCUUCUAUGUGGAGAACGGGGCCAUCGUGGACAGCAUGAAUGCCCACAUGGAGACCCCGCUGGCCAUUGCCACAUACUGGGCCCUGCGCUACAAGGAGCAGGAGUACAGCAGGGAACACCACCUCAUCUGUCGCAUGCUGCUAGACAACAAUGCUGAGGUCAACGCCCGCGAUGACGACUUCAAGUCCCCUCUGCACAAAGCUGCCUGGAAUUGCGACCACGUGCUCAUGCACAUGAUGCUGGAGGCGGGAGCCGAGGCCAACCUCAUGGAUAUCAACGGCUGUGCAGCCAUCCAAUACGUGCUGAAGGUCACAUCUGUGCGCCCUUCUGCACGGCCUGAGAUCUGCUACCAGCUGCUGCUCAACUACGGGGCUGCAAGAAUCUACCCCCCACAGUUCCACAAGGUGAUCCAGGCUUGCCACUCGUGUCCCAAAGCGAUUGAAGUUGUGGUGAACGCCUACGAGCACAUCAGAUGGAACAUAAAGUGGAGAAGAGCCAUCCCUGAUGAUGACCUGGAGAAACACUGGGAUUUUUACCACUCUCUCUUCAAGGUGUGCUGCAACACUCCCAGGACCCUCAUGCAUUUAGCGAGAUGUGCCAUUCGGAAAGCAUUGCAUGACAGAUGCCACAACGCAAUUCCUAUGCUGUCCCUCCCAUUGCCUUUGAAGAAGUACUUGCUUUUGGAGCCAGAGGGAAUCAUUUAUUAAGUCUUAGGAGACAACAGUUCCCAAUCCUAGAUGUUUAAGUGGACUCGCUGGGUAGACAGUUUGCAUACAUACAAUGGUACUUGGGUUGAUUAUAACACUUAAUGGAUUUCAAAACACUUUACACCAUGGCAUUAACCAUAGAGUAGCAAGGCAAGGGAAAACAAGUAAGCAAAGUUAAGGAAUUUUCAAAGACAUGAGUGCUUUUAGAAGGCAGACACUGACAUAGCAGUAAUAGCUCGUAUAGUGACAGCUUUUAUUAGGUUCCCGAUGUAUUCUGUAAAACUUCCACAUAUGAUCGCAUAUGAAAAGGGACCCACAUUUUCUUACAAGCCAAUCUCAUUCUCUACAUUGUCAGUAUUAGGUUUACAUGACUGUUUAGUUUACAGUGUAGCAGGUGUUGUGAGCGGCCUCUUAAAGCUUGCUGUCUUCCGCCAAUGACAGCGAGCAGACAUUGCUGUUGCUAGUUUUAGAAAUGCUUCCUCCUCCCCAAACCAAAGUCAUCCACUCAUUUUGGUGAAAAAUGCACACGAGUGCAAUGGGAACAAGAUCUCUGAGUCAAGAUAGAAAUGGGAAGAAGAGGGCAGUUCACUUAAUUGUCUAGGAAUAGACAUUUCAACACACUCACUGAGCCGGACACUGGAGACCACAGGAGUCAAACAGGACUCCUGUCCUCCAGGGUCAUACCUUUAACACAGGAUCCAGACAUACAAGCAGGUGACUGCAGUAUGAAGUGGCGGGGCGAGAGUACAGGUGCAGACUCGUAUUUAGUGCCUACCUUUCGGAAGUGUGCUUUUGACUUGAAGUGUGUGAUUUCUUUUUUGUUUGAACCAUGAAGAGACAGCAUGGAUAGUUAUAUAGAGGGACCUGCUACUAUUUGAGUAAAUGCCUUUGAGUUUCUCCUAAUAACCUAGAUAGGUUUUAUUUUGUAUGGUUUCCUAUUUAGUACCUUCACAGACUCUAAGAAAAACAUUCUAUACUCUGGCUCCCAUAUAGAUGAGAAAGAAGUUUAGGGAAGUGGACAAAAGUGGUUGUGAAGGAAAGAACUUAGUUGAUUUUCUUGUCUUUUUGUGGCGUAGACUGAUAUUUUAGAGUAUUUUUAGAUGAUAGAUAAGGAACCAGCAUUUUAACAGUGGCUGCCUUCAGACUGUAAGUAGAAAGACUUUGAGAUGCUGACAACUUAGGAAACAUAAAAAGAAAUAUGUAGUAAGACUUAAUGUUUUCAAAUAGAAUGCUAGAAGGUUUCUUGGAGAACUUUGCUUUGCUAAUUUGGUUCUCAUGGAUCGUAUUGAAGUAGUUUAUUGCCUCUGGGAACUGAUUUCGUAGCAGUUAACGUAGUAGUGAAGUGUAGACUGUGUACCUACUGUAGUGGGCAGACUUUUUAUUUGUGUGUGGCCUUGCUUCUUGUUUGCUGUUGGAUCUGUUGUGUUGACUAGAAGUGAUGUGAAAUACUCCAGUAGUUCCCCACUUAGCUGUGUUUGCAAAUUGAGACCCACUUACUCCCAGUGUUGUGUAGGAAAACCAGUAGGUGAACAUGAUCAUUAGCUCAGCUAAUUUCAGAAAAAAAAUUCUGCAUUAAAAUGAGAUCUCAAUCAUGGGACAGAAUGUUGAAUUUGUAGAGUACACAUAAAAAGUGGUUUUCUGACUGAGUGUUAUUUAUAACAUAUCCCAGAAUAUUCAAAGAGUUGGAUGUUUCUUUCCAUCACGAUGAACAUUCUGGUAGAAAAGUCUGUGAUAGACUGAUUUACAACAGGUAAAGUGGGCUGAGGACAAGCAGAAACAGUGUUCCUCAUAUGGGGAGAGAGAAGUGUUUGUCCCUGUACUGCUGUGUUGGAAUCUUAGCCUUAGUCUAGCAUAGAAUUUGUGGCUUCCUGUUUUGAAUUGCUUGUGUGUGAAUUUAACGUGAUUAUCUCUGUAAUUUGACCUUUAACUUACAGAUCUCAAAUAAAGUUUUGGUGUUUCAUCUCA